CAAUAAAAAUUCCACAAUCUCAAGUGUAAUUAAUAAGAAUGAUCUUGACAAUUAACAACGUCAUCAUCGUGGCUUUUAUAACCAGAUUGUUCUCAAAAACACCAAUAUUUUAUUUAAGUAACAUGGAAAUAAAAUUAUUGAUUUUAAGCUCCUUAUUUGCUGGGGCAUUCUGCUCCAAAUUUCCAGAGGAAUUCUUAUUUGGAACUGCCACUGCAGCAUUCCAAAUUGAAGGAGCCUGGAACGAAGAUGGAAAGGGUGAAAGUAUUUGGGAUAGAUUUUUACAUGCCAGUGGUCGUGAAAAUGGUGACGUCACAUGUGAUUCUUAUCACAAAUGGCAGGAGGAUAUUGACAAUGCUAAGGCCCUAGGUUUAUCUUCUUACAGAUUUUCUAUUGCCUGGACCAGAAUCCUCCCUAAUGGCACCUUAAACUUUAUAAAUCAAAAAGGUGUUGAAUAUUAUUUGAAUUUAAUUAAGGGACUUAAAAGUGAGGGCAUAGAACCUCUGGUGACCAUUUAUCACUUUGAUAUGCCACAGUAUUUGAGCGACCUUGGAGGAUUUUUAAAUCCACAAUUUGUUGAUUAUUUUGAGGAUUAUGCCAGGUUACUAUAUCAGUUGUAUGGAUCUUAUGUCAAAUACUGGUUUACCUUUAACGAACCCUUUUCAAUAUGCAGUGGGGGUUAUGGAUCUGGUAUGACAGCACCUGGCUUAUCUCUAAACGGUGAUGGUAUAUACCAAUGUGCUUAUGUUCUCCUAAAGGCUCAUGCAAGAGCCUAUAGGGUCUACGACACAGAAUUUAAAGAUCAAUAUAAUGGUAAGGUUUCAAUUGUACUUAAUACAAAUUGGUUUGAGCCUAACUCUACAUCAACUGAGGAUCUGGAUGCUCAGGAAAGAAUUCUUCAGUUUUACCUCGGUUGGUUUGCAAAUCCGGUAUUUAUUGGUAAUUGGCCUCAAGUAAUGAUUGAUCGUAUUGCCAAUAGAAGCAAAUUGGAGGGUUUGGCUAGAUCACGUUUGCCUGAAUUUACUCAAGAGGAAAUCGACUAUAUUAAUGGAACUUAUGACUUUUUUGCCAUAAAUACAUAUAAGGUUUACAAGGCUCGAAAUACAGAGCAUGGAAUCAGUUAUCCAGAUUUUUACUUUGACAUGGGAGUCACUUAUGAAAAUAAGUACUUCUAUCCAGAAGGAUUUAGAAAAUUGUUGAAUUUUAUUAAUGAUAGGUAUAAUCCUGGAUCUGUUAUUGUUACUGAAAAUGGUCUGGAAACUACAGAUUAUUUAAAUGAUACAGACAGAAUUACUUAUUUAAAGGAUUAUAUGAAUAGUGCCCUAGAAGCUAUUGAAGAAGAUAAGAUUAAUAUUUUUGGAUAUACAGUGUGGUCGCUUAUGGAUAAUUUUGAAUGGGGAUCAUUCGAGCGAAGGUUUGGUCUGAUACGUGUAGAUUUUGACAGCCCAAACAAGACUAGAACGUGGAAAGAAUCUGCCAAGUGGUACCAGCAAGUUAUUGCUACAAGAUCUUUGGAUAAUUGAUUUACUUGUUGCAUUGUUUAAUUUACUGAAUGUAAAUUGUGUAUAUUACGUUAAA